GUCAGAAACUUAGUGCCAUACUUUUAGCUCUAAAGCUAAAGCUAAAGCUCUAAAAACACAACAAUAUUUGAAGUAAUCACCCAAAAACAAGGCUAAAACAUGACAGAAACAAAGGACACGUUUCAGCUGACCAGAAAACCAUUGCCUACGAUCAGACCCAAGACGAUUUUACGUAGCAAAUCAGUGGCGGUGAACGUGAUUUACGAGGGGAAGAACGUAACACCCAGACACCUCAAUCCCAACAUCUACAGCAUGGGAAAGGAACGGCAAAUCACGGUUUAUGAUGAGAGUUCUUUAUCAGGGAAAGCAAGCGGUACCGUGGUGACCUUGCCAUCGGACACAACGAAGACUUCUCUUAGAUUUAAAACCGAAAUGCAAACGGGAACCACCUUUCAAGGCAGCAUUUUUCACGGUACUUAUGGCUUUCUGGAACAGCUGGCCCAAGCAGAUUUGACAGAGAGCACAGGCCAGCCCAGUACAAGAACAGAGUCUGAUGUUUUUCCAUCCAGCGUCAGCUUAUCGGAUAAAAUGCAAAGAACGCCUGCACACGUCAGUCUGGUGCUCAGCGAAACUGACACUUUCAUGAUUUUGGAUAUGCCGAGUUGCACAGCGGUGAAGGAUUCAGAAGAAGGUAUUCUGGUUGACGAGAAAAACAAAGAAUACGAAUUUCUGACAGAAGGCAAAGGCAGAAACAGGAAGGUCGUCAAUGCUGAAGCCCAAACAGUCCAAAUACUGAAGAAAUCGAGAAAUACACUGGCAGAAGUAGUGAAGACACAUGACAGGCAUGCUUUCGCUUCCAACUGGGAGAUGUACGACACUUACCACGACAACGUCAACGCUGUAUCAGAUGAAUCAGAAGAUUCUGACAAGAGUGAAGAAUUCGACUUUAAUGUUGAUCUCAAAGAAACCACAGGUUCUGUUGACAGUUUCCGAAUGUCAACUGAAGAGAAACAGUUGCUCAGACUGAUGAAGAACCCGAGAUUUCAAGAGGCAGUCUGCGUAAUAGAGAGGUUGCUCGCGAACAAUUGCUACAACGAGCAACAGAAACGGUUUAGAGGUCUGUCUGAUCCAGAUGAUUUUCGAGAGGAUAUCGAGUACAAGUAUAGGUUGAAUUUGUUGUGGACAUUCGCCAAUUCUUCUACCACAGGAAGAUGUGUUACAUGUUUGGAGUGGAAUCCGACCCAUGAAGACCUCUUAGCUGUAGGAUAUGGCAAAUUCUACUUUGCUGACAUUUGUACUGGUAUGGUGAUGGUAUGGAACAUAAAAAACCCGGUACAACCAGAAAGAGUCUACGAGUUUGCCGAUCCAGUCACCACACUGAGUUUCUCAAAGAGGAACCCUAAUCUUCUGGCUGUAGGUUUUUACAACGGACACGUUAUAGUGAUUAACGUUUCAAACAGGGAACUACAAAUCGUAUCAGAAAACACGCCAUCUUUCGAAGCGGUUUGGUGUGUGGUCUGGAGAAUUAGCUUUGAUGAAUCCAGAGAAAAGGAACAAGUUUGUGCAUCUUCUGAUGACGGUAGAGUCAUUUUCUACACCGUAGAGAACACUCUAGAAUUGCAGACCCAGCAAAUGAUGAGAGUGGCCAAAGCCGAUGGCAAGCUAAAAGGCUACAACUCGAUGAGGAAGUGCUCCAAUCUGAGCAUCCCAGUAUCCAGAUACGCCGGUGCCAGGUUCAUAAGAUGGCAUCCAGUCGAUCCGAACAUCUAUCUAGUGGGUACCAACGAGGGAGUGGUUCACAAAUGCUCCACGAACUAUUUGAACCAGCAUUUAGAUCUGUUUCUUACCCACGAUGGGCCAAUCAAUGAACUGAAGUAUUCCCCGUUUACUGACAAGAUCUAUGCCAGUUGUGGCGAUGAUUGGCAUCUAAGGAUAUGGGCAGAAGGAAUAUCAGAACCUUUACACGAACUAUUUGUCAGCAUGCUCUCAGUACAAGCGAUGGAUUGGAGUCCAACACAUUCUACAAUUCUGGCUACAGUCUAUGGCAAAACCAUUCUACUGUGGGACUUCCAAAGAAAAGUGUGGAAGCCCCAAUCAGAAACUCAAUCACCGUCAAAUUCCAGAAAUACCAUCGUUCAGUUUACUAGGAGCGGUAGAUGUUUGGUUGUGGGAGAUGUUGAAGGCAAUGUCCAUGUUUUUUCUCUGGAAGACAUGCCUUUUCCUGCGUUUUUCCAGGAGAAUUUACUUUUCGAAGCUUUGCAGAAAAGUUUGACCACCCAUCCUGAUUUAGUUGACAAACUAAAGAAACUUAGAAAAUCAGGUACUACUGGUUCAGUAGAUGAUAAACACAAAUCUUAGAUUUAUAAGUUUUUACAGUUAUUUAUUGUUGUAUUAAUAGAAAUAAAAGGAUUAUAUUUUGA